CCUGAGCGGCUGUUCUGUCUGGUUCCUAAACCGGGAACCCACCGCCAAGGGACUCCCGGGUCAGGGGGUCGCUGACCGCCAUGCACCUGCCCCGCUAGGCAGCCGCCUACCCUGCCUUCCCCAACCCGCACCUUCGGAGAAGUGCGCGCGGAAGCGUGGAGAGGACAGCCGAGGUGGCUGGAGGCAGGGAGCCGGGGCUAACAUGGACCCCAAUCCUAGGGCAACCUUGGAGCGCCAGCAACUCCGUCUUCGGGAGCGGCAGAAAUUCUUUGAGGACAUUCUACAGCCAGAAACAGAGUUUGUUUUCCCCCUAUCCCAUCUGCAUCUCGAGUCACAAAGACCCCCCAUAGGUAGUAUCUCAUCCAUGGAAGUAAAUGUGGACACGCUGGAGCAGGUGGAGCUUAUUGAUCUUGGGGAUCAGGAUGGAGCAGAUGUCUUCUUGCCUUGUGAAGAUUCUCCACCAACUCCCCAGAUAUCUGGAGUGGACGACCAUCCAGAGGAGCUGAGCCUGCCAGUGCCCACGCCAGACAGGACUACAUCCCGGACCUCCUCCUUGUCCUCUGACUCCUCCAACCUGCACAGCCCAAAUCCUAGUGAUGGUGGAGCAAACACACCCUUGGCACAGUCUGAUGAGGAGGAGGAUGGGGAUGAUGGAGGGCCAGAGCCUGGAAUCUGCAGCUAGCAGCAGGCUCUUACAGACUGACCAAUCUGGCUGUUCUCCAUGGAGACCCUAGGCCCAGCCAGAGUACUCUGGAAAAGACCUGACAUUUACUUGCAGUCAGCACCAAAGGGAAGAAGGAUGGUGGGAUGGUGUACCUCUGAGCACUAACCCUCCCUGCUUUACUGCUAACUGUGCCCUGCUGCAACCCUUCCACCAGUGUUUGGUUUACUUCUGAGGUAGGACUUGCAAGUGAGGAGCUGGAAAACGAGGUAGGAUGAAAUGCCACUGCUUUCCUCCCACCCCCACAUUACCCUGUAGUCUUCCAGUAUAGUCUUCUAAGCCAGUGUCUCACAGGAUGAGAACUCCUCAGUGCUCCAGAUGACGUGGUACCCUGCUCAUCAUGUCUUCGCACAUACUUUUUGGAACAGAACAUGGUAUAAGUAAUAAAUAAUAAUACACCAGUCAUUUCACCUCAUUCCUCACAUUGCAAAGGUACCAAACCCACUGUCCUUAACUCUAACCAGCAUUAUACCACUGUCACUCAUUUAUUCCAUUUAGUCAAAAGCUACUUAAGAAUUUAAUAUCUCAGGGCUGGAGAGACGUGGGUUCAGUUCCCAGCACCCACAUGGUGACCAACAACCAGCUGUAACUCCAAUAUCAGGGAAUCCGACAUCUUCUGAUCUCCUUGGGCAGUGUACAGCAUGGGUGCACUUACAUGCAGGCAACACACUCGUACACAUAAAAAUAAUAAAAUUAAUUUUUAAAAAGUUUAAUAUCUCUGCAAAGCAUUUGGAAUAUAGUUUUAAGAGGUAGUGCUGUUAUCAUGGAGUUCACUGUCUGUGGAGCAGAAAAAUCAGGUCAGUAUAAAUUACAGUGUAAUAAGUAGCAUAAUCAGGUACUGCUGUGGUACCAGGAAACAAGCUUGUAUGGUAAUUAAAAAGAGCUGAUUUUUAAAAAUGCUUUAUUUUUAUGUGUAUGAUAGUAUUGCCUACAUGUGUGUAGGUGCACCCACGUCAUGCAGUGCCUGCAGAGGUCUGAAGAGGGCGUUGGAUCCCCUGGAACUAGAGAUAGGGAUGGUUGUUAGCUACCAUGCAGGAGCUGGGAACCGAACUUAGGUCCUCUGCAAGAGCAGCCAGUGCUCUUAACUGCUGAGCCAUCUCCAGCCCCAAGAGCUGAUUUUUUAAAGUGGAGAUCUGAAGGACAGAUAGGAGCAGCCAGGCUGGGGAGGGGAAGAGGAUUGUAUCCAGGCAAAAGUUGCAGCUUGUAGUCUACAAAGCUGGACAUUGUGGCUCAUAUCUGUGAUCCCAGGACUUGGGAAUUAGAGGUAGGAGGGUCUGGAGUUCAGUGACAGCCUUUGCUGCAUAGCAAAUUUGAGGCCAGCCUGGGCUUCAUGAGACCCUGUCUCAAAAAUUUAUUUUCUUUUAAUUAAUGAAAAAAAAAGACUAAAUGGAGAGAAUGUAUGUUUUGAGGAGUUAUUUGGAUAAACUAUUGGAUUUGAAGAUACAGAGAGGUAAGAUUGACAAAGGUCAGAUUGUGAAAUGCUUUGAGCCUACCUAGAUUAGGUUUCAAUUUGACUCCUAGUAAAAGAUCAUGACUUAAGGUACAAAUUUAUCUCCUCGUGUCAAAGAAGUCCAAAAUACCGAGCUAUGUGAGAGCUCUAGUAAUGGAGCACCAGCUCCUUUUGGUUCUUUUUCUUCAGUCGUCCAUGGCUCAUGACUUGGAUUCUGUCAAAGCCCCAGCCAGCAAGGCUUUGGAAAUGGCAGAAAGCAAGAGAAGAAAUGGGAAUGUGCACAGGGCACAGCCUGGGCACUCUUCCUUCUUAAGAAGCAUUUUUGGAAGCUCUAAGAGAUAGUAUUCCCUUUUAUCUCGUUGCCCAGAACUUCAUAACAGAAAAUGUCUCAUUUGUAGACAUAUUACAGACACUGGGACAGCAUUUUCUAGAGGAGAAUUCUAGCUUUUUUUCCAAUCACUGAAUUUCCAGUGCAUCCGAUUCCUGUACUACAGGGUAUCUGAGAAGCUCCCCACCAUCUGCGGCUCUUUGAUAGGGCACUCGGCUGUCUUGAUAAACAGGGUUUGUUACUGAAGAACAAGAGUAGUCACUGGGUGGGUAAUCAGCAGUUUGCAUGUUAAGAGCCAUAUUAAAGAUUUUGAACUUUAUUUGGAGUAAUGAAGGAUUACAAGUGGCUGGACUUGUUUAAAAGGUAAAUUGGCUGUAAUUUAGAGUAUACUGGGGAAAGCAGGCCCAAGACAAACAAUUUAUGAAAGAUAAUGGUGGCCCAGUAGGACAGUGGAGACUGGCUUACCUAGGUUGAAGAGAAUAUAAAUAAAUGUGACAUUACUCAUUCGAUAAA